CAGCCCGGCAGCCCCCGCCCCGCCCCGCCGGGCCCUGCAGCCUUUCUUUCCCUGGGUGCCUGCUCCAGGUCUGGCUUGUGAGGUUUCUGCCCCUGGGCUGCCCUCGUGUCAUCUCUGAUUGUCCAGAUGUCACCUGUUCUCUCGCUCCAAUGACCCCCUGCCCCCGCCCCCUGCCCUUCAAGCUUUCCACCUCCCCCCACCCCCAGACCACCAGGCUGCUUCCUGCUGCACCUGCCGAGGCCUCUCUGCUCAGCCAUCCACGGGCCGGAGGCAGAGACCCAAUCUGGUCCCCGUGUCCCCGUGGAGAGAACCGGGCCCUGCCUCCAGAAGCCCCACGCGCCAUGGAGGGGACGCUUCUAGCACUGUGGGCUCUCCUGGUGGGCUGGGACGCAGGCCUGCUCCGGCGCGGCCCCGGGGCUGCCCCGCAGGGCUUUGUGGGCAGCACCUCACAGCCAGGCAGGAACCUGACCUGCUACCGGUGCUUCAAAGUCGCCAGCGCGGCGCUGUGCGCGCCCACCGCCUGCUCCCCCUCGGACCGCGUCUGCGUCUCUCACGCCGUGAGCUUCUUUCUACGCUCUGUCAGCUGGGCAGAGGCUGCGGUGUCCCUGAGUUGCCCGGAGAGCAGACAGGCCAGAGGCUUGUCUGUGGGAGCAGACGCUGCACCCAGGACCUGCCACCUGCCGGCCACAGGUGCUGCUCACCUGGCCAUCCGCUGGCAGGGCUGACUGUGCGCACACCCGCUAGGACUCCACUUCAUAAACAAGCCUUACAGGAGAUUAUAAACUCAGAUCGGACAUGUGCCAGGACCACUGAAAUGUCACUGGCCACCAGAAGGACACAAAUAGCCGGAGACAGCGGGAGGGGGACAGACCACCUGGUCUCUGAGAAUCCACACUCAGUCUGCUGGUUCUGCGGACCAGGUGCGCAGCAGCCCCUGGGAACCUGCCAGCUACAGCAGAGACACCUCCUCUGUGGCUUGGAGUCCUGGGGGCCGCGGGCCGGCUUCUGUGGUCAGUGCCCCACAAUGCACCUGGGGCCUCCCGCGCCUGCCUUUCCGAUCUCGGUGCCAGAACGCUCGUCGCUCCAUCACUGGGCUUCCUGGGGCUGAACCCACAACUGGAGGCCCCAGUGACAAGUGUGGGCACCAGCGGACAGGGUGGCUCUGCCACCGCCACUCCCCUGCCUCCUUUCACCUUCACCUUUCUGUUAAAGUUCGAGGCAGACUGGUACGCCCACGAGACCCAGACCCUCCUCCUGGUCCCGUUCCACGCGUCCCGACCCACGGUGAUUGCCUGUCCCUGUUCAGUACUGAGAGAAGGGACCAGCAGGUGGCUUGCAGGGGCAGCAGCACUUUGGCCGAGUAUUUGUGCCUUUCCUCCCAGUUUGGCUCUCUUUACCAGCCACCUGGCCCGAGUGUUGUGACGUCACAGCUUCUCGGCCUGAACUGGCAACUGGAGGCCGUGUCUGGUGCCUCCUGGGAGCGGGGAGGCUGGGAAUUGGGAGGGUUCUCACUCACAGACCCCUCGCCUGCCCGCCACCUUUGCCAAGAGGUGUCCCCCCUGAGCCCUGGGGCAGGGUGGGAGUGGGGGCGGGCAGCUGCUCAAGGUUGGGACCCAGGGACCCUCUGGACGAGGUGCCCACCUCUCCCCUGAGAGGGUGAGGCGUCCUACAACGGACCGAUAACGCCACAGGCAGCGGGGCUCAGCGUGGCUCACCCUGACCGGCACCGGCCUCAUGGUGCUGUGCGAGGCCGGCAGCGGUGCUCCCUCCCCAGGCGGCCCUCCCCCCACAGCUCUGCUCCUCCCGCAGGACCUUCCACGUCUCUGCCGUGUCCUUAAAGGAGCAGCCGGGAGAGCGGAGCCAGGGGCUGAGCACGCUCAGGCCUUUGUGGUGACGUCCCUGUCCUCUCUGCUCUGCUUCUCCCUCAAAGGCCCUGGGCUGCCCAGGGCGGCCGGGCCAGUGUGUUUCAGGUCAGAGCUGCCCCUGGGGUCAGACCUGGACCCUGACUUUGCUGUGAC